AUCUAGUAUCUUCGCUCUAAUACAAUCAACGAAGUGGGUAUGAUUCAGUGUUUGUUGAGUGGUGGAAGAUAUAUUGUAUAAAUUUCUGUGCGGCCACUUAACAGCGUGAAUAAAUUGGUCUGUAAUAUUGUAAAUUGUAAGUGGAACUUCUUUGGAAAUCAAGAUGAGCCUUCAGUGGACAAUUAUUGCAACCUUUUUGUACGUCGAAAUAGCUGUAGUUUUGCUACUUGUAUUGCCGGUUGCAUCACCCCAGAGAUGGCACAAAAUCAUCAAUUCGCGGUUUUUACGUGCUCUGAGUAAUCAAGCCUCGUUUUAUUUCCUUAUUCUCUUGGCUAUACUCGUCCUUCUUUUCCUGGACGCUAUCCGUGAGAUGAGGAAAUACUCCAGUCAGGAGACAACAGAAGCAACCCACGCACACCUUGAUGCAGAAAUGCAGGUAAACAUGCGCCUGUUUCGAGCCCAGCGUAAUUUUUACAUCUCAGGCUUUGCCCUGUUCUUGUCGCUAGUCAUCCGUCGGUUGGUGACUCUAAUAUCUCAACAAGCAUCGCUUCUGGCACAAAGUGAGGCAGCAAUGCGGCAGGCACAAUCUGCUACAGCAACCGCGCAGAGUUUGUUGGCACAAAAUCAGACAAGCAUGGCCCAAAAUGACACAAAUGAAGCCCAUGAUAAGGAAGUAACAGAGUUAAAGGAGAAACUGGCCAAAGCAGAGAAAGCAUUGGAAUGGGAAAAGAAGGAUAAGGAAGCACUGAAGAACCAAGCAGAGUCCGUGAAUAAGGAAUAUGAUCGCCUGAAUGAAGAAUAUCGCAAACUUCAGGCCAAGAUUGAUGCUGGAGUUGAACCCAAGAAGGAUGCAUAAGGCUCUCAUAAUUAUUCAUAAUAACCACUAACUGUGAUGCCAUUUUCACAGUCUAAAAUAAGCCUUAUAAUGUUAACUAAUAUUACUUCUAUCUAGUUGUACAUUAAGUUAAGUGGUGUUGCAAUGGCAUCUGUACUAUUUGACAGACUAUGAGACACAGUUUUGGCAAACCAUUUAUUAAUGUACAAUCUUGAAGAACUCCAUAUAGUUCUUGAAAUCAUAACAUUUUGCAGACCUGUUUGAAAUAAUGUAAGGAUUACUCUUGCUCAGAACUUUGUUGAAAAAUACUUAUGAAUUGAAAGUAAUUUUAGUUACUGGACCUCUGUCAGAAUGUAUUUUGGUCUUUUUUUUUUGUUUUUUUUUUGUUUGUUUGUUUCAGUGGGUAACAUUGCAUAAAACUGAUUAAAUAUUAAUACCAUCAAAUUGAGCACUAAAUAGCACAUGUCUCAUAGUGUAAAAGGAUAAUGCUCGGACUUAACUAUAUGGCAGCCACAGUGGAUGGAAAUGAAACUGAUGGGUUAUGUACUUUUUCAGUGGUAGUUACUUUGUUGUGUUAUUUCCUUUUUUAACGUUUUGUAUCAGCUAUUUUUGUAAGUAUCAUAAAGGGUAGAAGUAGGUAGGUACUGAUGUGUUAACAUUUUCCUUGUACAGUUCAUUAAAUAUGAAACCCUUCGCCAUUAUAAGUGGAAUGAUGAAAAGACUUGAAGUGAAAUCAUUCAGCAUGUGUAUAUAGCAAGAGAUUGUUAAUUAAAGAGGACUCCCUGUACUGUCUCACAAUCUUAAGUCAAAAUAUUUUCACUUGGAACUAAUGUUUUCUGCAACUUAUAUGUUCAUAUAUCACGUAACAAUGAUCUACAGAGACAAAAUAAAUAUAUUACAUGAACGAAAAACCUUAAAUCAGAAUGUAACAUACUCAACAAAUAUUCUCAUGUUUAACUAAAUACUGGUUGUAAAGUUUUGUUGAUCAUACUCAAUAAAUACACGUAAUGUGGCCCAUA